UGGUAUUGAUAAACAGCCAGUGCCUUUCCUCGUCUGUUGGUUUCGCCUUAAGAUACGCAAUACGCAUGCGCAAACUCCGAAAUUCACAACGUUAAAAGCAAUCCUGAAAAAAGCAGAGUCUAGUGCCUACCCUUUCCAUUGAAAAAGUAGGCGAGCUUGUAUGGCGUUUCGCUCUUAGAAGUUUAAGGACUUAGAAAGGACAAGGACAAGUAGGGCUGCUUAUAUUGACGGAAAACGAAACAAAGCAGAUGAAACUCCAGACAGUGAAAGCGCCGACAUAUUAGACACGGAUUGUUUGUUAUAACCUUUGGAAUACAAGAGCUGAAGAUUUUAAACCCUCCAGUCAAGCAUUGACCACGGCUGGCUGUUCCCCUUCCACUAUGGAGGAAUCCCCUCUCAGCUCCAGAGAACAUCUUAGCACACUGCCGGUAGAAGAUCUAAAUAGAGUCCGUCUGGAGAAGCAAAUAAAAAAAUGUGACCUCCAGAUGGACCACAUACAACUUAAAAUAAAAAAAACAAAACUUGAAAUUGAAAUACUGGAGCACAACUUAAAGGACAGUGAAGACACUGCAGACUUUUUUCCAUGCACUAAUACGAUGUCCGAAGCAGGUCCCUCUGCUCAGAGGAUAGAUGCAGUGGCAUUUGCAGUGCAGUAUGGGGGCACAUAUGCAUGUCCAUCCAACAGAUGCAACUGCUGCCAGCACAUGCGGAAAAACAUUGAUCAAUUUCAGUGCACAUUUACAAAGAAAUCUUACAAAAUCACUUCAUUUCUAACUUGUAAGACAUCAAGCCUAAUCUACAUCAUAGAGUGUAACAAAUGCCAAGUGCAGUAUGUUGGAAAGACUUCAAGCUCUCUGCAGACAAGAUUCAGGAGCCACAAGGCCUCCAUUGUGAAGAAACAAUUUCGAACAAUCCCACUCCAUUUCAACAGUGCUGGGCACUCCCUGGACGACCUGGCCAUAUUUCCUAUUGAGCAAGUCAUUGAUCGCAAAAAGUUAGCUGGAAGGGAGGUGUACUGGAUUGGAGAGCUUCAAACAAUAGAACAUGGACUAAACCUAGUACCAUUCAGAGGUGCAAGACAGCUGGAACAGGCUGCUGACCAAGAAAUUCCAAUGGGACCAGAUGAGGGGACUCCAAAAGAACCCAACAACUCUAAAAGAAAGCACUGUGAAGAUGCUGAUCAAGGGACACCCAAAAAAAUAAGGAAGAAGGAAAACAAAAGACGCAUUGAUUUUUCUGAUGAAACGGAGCGACUUCUCCAGACCUGUGAAGAUGUACUAGAGGAUGGAAGACAAAUUGCAUCGCAGAUUUACUCCAAACUCAGAGACAUAUUCUGGAGGACGGCUGAAAGCAAAACAUUUCUGGAGGAGCUAAAAGAGAAGACUUCAGCUUUGAAAGAACAGAGUUCAGAAAAGAAAAUUUACAUUGGAUUGUUUGGGAAGACAGGAGCAGGGAAGAGUUCUUUGAUCAAUGCCAUUCUGAACGAAAACCAGCUUCUACCCUCAGGAAGUUUGCAUGCAUGCACUUCAGUCAUCGUGCAUGUGCAGGCCAACACGGAGUCCAACAAAUACAAAGCUGACAUUGAAUUCAUCAGCAAAGAGGACUGGGAGGCAGAGCUACGUUUCCUGCUGGAAAUACUGUCUGACACAAAAGAAAAUGACUGGGAUGAUUUGGAACAAGGGAAUGAUGACCUUAAAACCAUGGCAAGAGAUAAAAUUACAGCCAUUUAUGGAGCCGACAGACUGCAGAGAAAUUAUAGUGAAUUGGUGGGAACAAAAAGGUUUCCGGAGAUUCCGGAUACAGGCUUGAGGACCCUGUCUUUUGAAAGCGCUACAGAACUGUCUCAAAAAAUUGGCUGCUACAUUCGAAGUGACGAGGAAAGUAAGCAGCAGUUCUGGCCUCUUGUGAAGCGUGUCACCAUUUCCGUGCCUAACUGUCCAGCUCUCCUGGAUCAAAUUGUUCUGGUGGACCUUCCCGGGGCUGGAGAUGCCAAUAAACACAGAGAUGAGAUGUGGAAAGAGUGUCUUAGCCUGUGCUCCUCUGUCUGGAUUGUCAAUGACAUCAACCGAGCUCUGUCCGAGAAGGCUGCCAAUGAGAUCUUUCAGAACACAUUGAGAACCAUUGCUGGGGGAGGAGAGUGUCACAAUAUCACCUUCAUCUGCACCAAAACAGAUGUUGUCAAUCCAGGGGAAAUCAAAAAGAAUUGCAAGGUUACGGAUACAGACUUACAAAUAAGUGAAAGUGAGGAUUCUCCAGGUUAUGAGAAGAAGGAAAAACAGGCAUGCAUAGUGUUCCAUAAUGAGAGAGCAAAAAGUAAAAUCAGCACACAACUCAAAGAGAAAGCAAAGAAACUUCUGCUUGGUGAUGAAGUGGAAUCAGAUUUCUUUGAUGUGUUCACUGUGAGUGCAGCAGAAUUCGGGAGAAUCAAACAAGGAAAGUCGUCUGUUCUGGAGCUCAGUGAAACUGAAAUACCAUCGCUGAUGGAGCACAUCAAGAAACUGUACGUCCGUCAUUCCAGGAAGGAAGUGAAAGAUUAUGUAUCGGAUCUUUCUGGAAUCGUUUCAUAUCUUCACUUUUUAAAGGAUGCCUGCAGUGCAAAGAUACAGUGUUCACAGUCUCUAGAGUACCAACGACUUGAAAAUGAGCUGAAUGCAACUGGUGAAACACUGAAUCGGUACCUAAGCACAGCUUAUGGCAUGCUCCAGACUAACCUGCAGAAGGGAGUGAAAGCAGCUGAGAAACACUGCCUCGGAAAUGCCAUGAAGAAAGUGCUGGAGCCAGACAACAGAGGCCACCACGAGACACUCAAAGCCUUGUGCAAAGGUGAUGGAUAUUACAGAUCCGGCAAUGGAGAUAUAGUUGAUCUAAACCAUACUCUGUCAGAGCCCAUGUACAAUGAGAUGAAUGAAAAGAACAUCUUUCUGACGACCUUUGGCUCUGAACGUUCAAGGAGGUCAAUUAAAGGGAACUUCGAAAGUUUUCAAGAGAACCUCAUCAGUAGUGAGCUUCUACAAAGUCACAGAAAGAACAGAGAGAUGUACCUACGGCUGGUGUACAUUAGGACGGAGCAACGUAAACUGUUGAAGAAUAUGGAGAAGGAAAUCCUUAAGAAAAAGAAGUCCAUCUACAAUUCUGUCAGUGAUUCGAUCAGGGACACCAUGCAGUCGACAUAUGAAGAAUGUGUUGGAAUCACUGGAAGAUCUGCUUUCACUGAAAUUCAAGGGAAGCUAAAAAAUAAAAUUGAAUCUUCCAAAAACACCAUGUUCAAAGAGGCCAUGGAAAGGAUGCUGAAACAGUUCAGUGACCUGCAGACAUGGAUUGUGGAGGAAAUCAAAAUAAAGAUGAAGACAUCUCUGAUGGUGGCUCUAAGACAGAUCCCUGAUGAUGUCACUGAUCUCCCAGAUGUGGAGGAAGAAACUGAAAUGAUGAAACGAUGCUGUGAAGAUUUAGACCUGAAAAUUUUCAUUUAAAAGACCAGCACACAUGGAUGAACAUCAUCAAAGCUGCGCUUUCAGAGAGCUGUGACAACUGUCUCGCUCAAAAACAGCAGAACUGCUAAAUAUUGCAUUAUUCACUUGAUAAUCUGUUUUACAUUCACUCCACCUAAUUUUAUGUUUUUGAUACUAUAUAUGAAAAAAACACCCUGAAAAUAAUUGAAGUGCAGUAUCUGAGAAAAAAAUCUAGUUUGGAAUCAACUGCACAUCUUUUCUCCUAGAAGAGUUUGUGUUUAAUAUGCAAUUUCAUAUGUAAUUUGAAAUAAAUUUAAAAGAAAUUUGCAUUUUUUAAACUGGCCAAGAUUUUGCCAAAUAAUCCCCUCUGAGAGGACUUAUUUGGAUGUACCAAACGUGCACAAAUCAAAUUACUUCAUAAUCCACACAUUCUGAUGUUGGUACACACAUUCCGUGAUGUCAAACAUUGUGACAUCAUUCCAUAUUGACCAUGAGUGAUGUGCCUCUGUGUCUGCCAGUCAGAAUUGCUAACAGACAAUACUGAAUUCACCUGCCAGUUCACUUGCUGGUGUAACUGGCCCAUAAUCCUGUGGAAAGUCGCUUUUUUGCAUUUAUUUCUCCUGCCAGAUAUUUUUCAUAGUUAUUAGUG